CUGGUCGGCAUGGACAGGUUGGACUGAAGGGUCUGUUUCCGUGUUGUACAUCUCUAUGACUCCAAGACGACUUGGAGCCCUGAGCUCAGCUGAGGGACAAGGUGGAUGGACUACCGUCCCAUGAAGCCCUGCGACGCGUGGUGCGCGAUGGGAACCGUAGGCCGAUGGACAGGGAGAGAACUACAGAUCCCGUGAUGCUCUGCGUUCACGUCUGCCUGCGUCCUUCCUGACGUCGGCGUGCCGUGGCCGGCGUGCAGCCGUUGGCGGCGGCAGAGGCGGUUGUACGGGGCUCGACGCCAAGGCAUGGAGCUUCGGAUUGUGCUCGAGGCGGGGGACGCCGGAGGGCUGCAGGCGGAUGGUGGCUGGUGGCUGGUGGCUGGUGGCUGGAAGACAGAACACUCCACACAGAUGGUUGACCAAGGACCCUGCAAUGUGGAAGUGAGAGACACUUUGACCUAUUCUGAAUUUGUUCACCGGUCCGCAUAUUCUAAGCCGGUGAUUAUCCGAGGAAUCACACAGAAUGAGCAAUUCCGGGCUCUCUGUUCAAAGCAAAGUCUCCUGCAAGAGUUUGGAAAUCGGUUGGUGAGAUUGAGCACAGCAAACACUUACUCCUAUCGGAAAGUUUACCGUAUCUACAUUACCGUUGAUGUUCCUUUUAAAGAAUAUGUGAACAUGAUGAAACCGCAGUCUUUGGAUUCUUUGGGAAGCGAUACAUUCUACUUCUUUGGAGAUAACAAUUUUACAGAGUGGGACUCGCUGUUCAGGACAUAUAUCCAGCCUCCAUACCAACUACCUGGGACAACUGGGGCUUACAGUUUCGGGAUCGCAGGUUCAGGGACAGGAGUGCCAUUCCACUGGCAUGGAGCAGGAUAUUCUGAAGUUAUUUAUGGAAGGAAGCGCUGGUUUCUUUACCCACCAGAGAAAACGCCAGAGUUUCACCCAAGGACCACACUCUCCUGGAUAUUUGAUACAUAUCUGUAUUUGUCAGAAGUGGACAAACCCCUGGUGUGCACCAUUCACCCCGGCGAGGUGUUGUAUUUUCCAGAUCGUUGGUGGCAUGCAACCCUUAAUAUCGUUGUGGUUCUGUUCGCCGAGCUGGAAAUUUUUGUUGUAAACGUUUCGUCCCCUGGCUGGACUAAGACUGCAAUGAGUUUAGAAGCGGAGGGUACCUGGUAG